UGUCAGGAGUCCAUAAGUGAGGUGGAGGACAUCAAGCCCAACUCGGUUCACAUGGCCCUCCAGGUGCCACAGUACUUCUUCAUCACUGCUGGGGAAGUGAUGUUUUCUGUGACUGGUCUGGAGUUUUCUUACUCACAGGCUCCCAGUAACAUGAAGGCAGUGCUGCAAGCAGGCUGGCUGCUGACCGUUGCUAUUGGAAAUUUCAUUGUCCUGAUUGUGGCGGAGCUUGCAAAGAUUCCCAAAAAGUGGGCAGAGUACAUCCUGUUCGCCUCUCUCCUGGUGGCCGUCUGCAUCAUCUUCUCCAUCAUGGCUUAUUUCUACACCUACAUCGAUCCUGCAGAGAUCGAGGCCCAGUUCAAGAGGAAAGAAGGUGACAAUGAUGAUGACGAGGAUACAAAAGCCAAGCUGCGGAAGGUGGAGGCGGAGAUGGCGAGGAGGGGCUCAGUUAGUAGUGAUGAUGAAGAUCAGAGGUCCAAACAAACCAGCUUCUGAACAAAGGCCAUUAGGAACAUACUAAUAUGACUUCAACACAAAUGAGAGAAUGUGUAAAGAUUGUGUAUGUGUGUGUGUGCAUUUUAAAUGUUUUAUACUGUAAUAGCAAAAUGACAUCAUAAGCUAAGUUAUAAAAAURAGUUCAAAUAUCAAACUGCAAUGUUAGAUUAAAUUUCUAACAUCCAUCCACUAAUUCAUGUAUUCUGUCAUCAUAUAAUUUCUUUGUUUUAUUUAUGUC